AAGAGGACGCAUGCUUGGAUUUGAAUUCAGGGAAGCUGCUAGUAGCUUAGAAAGGUAUUUUCAGCUACACCAGUUCGAUACUUUAAGUAUAAGUCUACGUAAAAAAAAACGUAUUUUCCAUGUUUUAAGGGGCAGUUAUUAGAUUGGAUAACCGCUACAUUUAGAAAGCUGCUUUUACAUCCACAUCCUGCUGCGAAAGAGACCAGUUUACUUGCAAUGAAAGCGGGCGUUGUCCACUGCCGUUGCUCAAAAUGCUACUCUAUUCCGGCUCGGAAGCGAGUCCGUAAGCGAUCUUCAAUCCUAAAUCUGCUUUCACUACCGGAGGAAAUCCUUCUCUAUGUUCUCCAGUGUCUUUCCGUGGAGGACCUCCUGUCUGUCAGAGCGGUUCAUCCUCAGCUACGGGACAUUGUUGACAACCACAACAGUGUCUGGGCCAGAGUCAGUUUCAGAGACACGUGGCCAUCUCCUAACAUUUUAUGGCUGUUUGAAAGAGCUGCUGAGAAAGGAAACUUUGAAGCUGCUGUGAAACUUGGGAUUGCCUAUUUGUACAAUGAAGGACCUUUGUUAAGUGAUGAAGGGCGAGCGGAUGUAUGUGGUCGAAAAGCCUCCCACUUCUUCAGCUUGGCGGAGAGCCUGCUUUCUCCCAAAGCGGAUCCCUUCACUUGGGUUUUCAUCCGUCCUCCAUGGUCGCCCACUGGCAGCUGCUGCAAGGCCGUGGUGUUCGAUCACCUAAAGGCUGAGUGUGAAAGCAACAUGGAGAAGAGGGGCCCUUUGUUACACUGUUUGGCCAGAGUUUUGCUCCUGUUUGAAGGGGAAGACAGGAGAUCAGAUGCUGUAGCCAUGCUGGAGGAGUCAUCACAGGCUGGCUGCCUGCAAAGUUCCUACUUGUUGUGGGAGAACAACCGUAGAGCAGCUAUGUCAGACCCAGGAAGGUAUCUUCAGUGUGUGCGAACCCUCAGGGACUAUGCUGGCAAAGGAUGCUGGGAAGCACAGUUGUCUCUGGCUAAAGUGUGCAGCAGUGGGAAUCCGCUGGGGUUGGAGUCCAAAGCCUGCUCAGAGAUAGUGGCCCACAUUUUCAAUCCCUCCAACUUGGUACAUCAACAAACAGCUCAGGGGAUCCUCAGGCGAGGCAUGAAGGACACUAUGAGAUACAUCCUGGUGGACUGGCUCGUUGAGGUGACCACCAUGAAGGAUUUCUCCAGCCAGACGCUGCAUGUGACGGUGGGUUGCGUUGACCGAUACCUGGCUGUGCGCUCUGUCCCUAAGGCCCGCCUUCAGCUAUUAGGAAUCGCCUGUAUGGUGGUUUGUACACGAUAUAUUAGCAAAGAAAUCCUGACCAUACGCGAGGCCGUUUGGCUGACAGACAACACCUACAAAUAUGAGGACCUGGUGCGAAUGAUGGGGGAGGUUGUUUCUGUGCUGGAGGGAAAGAUAAGGAGCCCCACGCUGCUGGACUAUGGGGAGGUCCUGCUGUUUCUGCUCCCCAUGGAGAGGCGCUCCACUCACCUGUUCGGCUACAUCUGUGAGCUGUCACUGCUCUACUCUGCUCUCGCCGCUCCACCUCCUGCCAAACUGGCCUGUGCUGCUCUGCUCCUCACAAGGGUGCUGCAUCACUAUGGUCCUGUCUGGCCCGCUUUGUUAAAGGACUACACAGGAUUUACCCAGGAGGACCUCGUUCCUCUCUCUGUGCUGCUAUACGUCAAGUGUUUCAGUCAAGAUGUGCCCAAAGACUAUAGGCACGUGUCUCUGACUGGAGUGAAGCAACGCUUUGAAGAUGAGGCCUAUCAGCAGAUCAGCAAAGAAAAGGUAAUGGAUUUUAAGGAGCUCUGUCAGAUCCUGGAGAUUCCUGAAGUUGAGCCCCAGAUGGAGCCUCCAAGUCCAACUAGUGGUCAGCCAGCAGACAUCUACACCUUCCUGGCCUCUCCAUCAAGCACCAGCAAGAGGAGACGUGAUGAUGUCACGCAGGCCCACCGAGGCGGCCUUGUGGCCACACCCACGGCAGAGCUGUCCAAUCAGGAGGAGAUGCUGCUAGGCGACAUCCUGGACUGGAGUCUGGACUCUUCCUGCUCCGGUUACGAGGGGGACCGUGAGGAAGACAGCGAGGCUGAGAAAGAAGGAGACACUUCGAUGAUCUCCGUCCAGCUGCACACCCUGACUGAUGGAGAUGAUAAAAUGGAGCACUGCCGAGCUCUCUCCAGCGACGACGACAGCUUCAGUGAAGCCGAUAGUGAACGGAGCAAAGUUUACCCAGGAGAAGAACCAUCUGCCUCAUCUGCAGAUCUGCACAGCUCAGGAUACUCAUCCGUCCAAAGCAUCAGCCCCUCAUCCACCUGCUCUUCGUCCUCCAUCAUGACCCGCACGUUUAGGACCUUUACCACCUCCCUUGGCGCAGCCUCUGCCGCUGCCCAACCAGGGUUCCGCCUGUUAGUGCCCAUGCAGAGGCCUCGGGGGACCUCCACUAGACAGGUUAAGAGGAAGAACGUAGCGGCCCACAGUGGAGGCGAGUUGAAAAGGGAAGAGGAGGAUUUGGAAGACGAUUACUCAGCGAGUGCAGGUUUCCUGAGCCUUUGAGUUUUGACCAACACUCAGACCACUCUGUCGGUUUCUAACCUUCAGCACUUUGAAAUCGUCUUUAAUGUUCAGUUAUCCUGUUUGUCAGAGCUGGUCUUUUAAAACUGCUAGAAAAUCAAAGACUUCAAGAGUUUAAGGGUGAGGCAAGAAUAUGAGCCGCUUAAACGCCUUCCUUUUGCAUCACAUUACAUUUCAGUUAGAUGUUUACAGACGCAGACGAGUAGAAAUACCUCCCAGGAACCACAGUCGGCUCUAAAACCACUGGAAAAUGGCUCGACUUUCCUCAGGAGCCAUGUGAUUUUUCAACAACCUAUCUCAGAUAACGUUCGAAAGGAAACAGAACCUCCGUUAUGCACUGUCUGUACUGUAUUUGAUGAAUUAUGGCUAAAGGUGACUACUGUUAUUUUCUUGAAAAUAUCUGCAAUCUGAAAACUUUCAUCCAGUUUUCCUUUCCUUCAGCUUCUCCAAAGGUUCUGCGUGGAGAUCUGUGUUUAAAAUAAGAGCUGUGAAAUCGGUCACUUUGGAGACUCAAAUAGCUUUAGUUCUACUCAAGCUGUGCUGUUGAUCAAUGAUGUUUGUUUACCUGUGGCACACUAAUCCCAUCGAGAUUCCCAUACAGCUGUUAUCUCCUUCACUAACGUGCUCUGAUGAUGAGGCAAAAUAAAAUUCUAGUUACUUGCUGGAUCUUCACAUUUUUCAGAGAUGCACAGCUGAAAAGCAAAGUGAGGUGUCCUCCAACUGAAUCAAGUCGAGCACUUUUAUCAUCAAACCCGUGCAUAGGAAUGUACCAUUCUUCCUAUUUUUAUUAUUUAAUGUUUAGUAUUGAAAAAUAUUUUUGAUGGAUGUGUUUCUUUAUUCAGCACACUAGAGGAAACCUAACAGGGUUUUUUUUUGCCUCAUUCAGGAUAGACAAGGCAUGUCGUCUUAGUGACUGACUGUAAAUACGUUUUAAACUGUUACUCCAGACUGGUUGUAAUUGUUAUGUUUUUUUUUUAUUAUCUUGGAUUAUAAUGUACAUAUUCUAUGUAUAAAUGGGGGGAAAAGACAAAGGCCAUGCCACUACUACUUGAAAUCGCAUUUGCUUUAUUCCCAAAAAGUUUCUUUUGUUUGUUUUUUCUUAAGCAUUUUUCUAUAGUUGUGUUUUCGUUGAUGUUGAUGUGUAAUUUUUGUAUUAAGUUUGAAAU